UAACCUUCCUUUUCUAAAUAAUUUUUGUGCUGUGUACACGUGUUUUCCACAAUGGCACCCGUCGAAAAAGCUAAAAAGGUCGCCAAAUCGGCCAAAAAGGGCAAGAAGCACCCGGUUAACUCGUACCUGAAGGGUGGCGUCUUGCGUUACUCCAAAUCCCAGAUGUACAAGCGCCGUGCGCUGUACCGCCUGAAGGACAAGAAGCACCCCGUCGUGCAGAAGGAGAAGGUGCCCAUCAAGAAGGUGAAGAAGAUCGGUGGCCCCAAGAACGGUGGUGAGCGUACCGUCUACCUGCGCAAGUCCAAGGCCAACUACCCAACCAAGACGUUCGUCAAGAAGCGUCCUGGCAAGGCCAACUUCAGCGAGCACAAGCGCAACGUUCGCCGCAACCUGAAGCCCGGCACAGUGCUCAUCCUGCUGGCUGGUCGUCAUCAGGGCAAGCGUGUUGUUCUCCUGAAGACUCUGUCUUCUGGCCUGCUCCUGGUCACUGGUCCAUUCGCCCUCAACUCGUGCCCAUUGCGUCGCGUUUCACAGCGCUUCGUCAUCGGCACCUCGUCCCGUGUGGAUUUGGGUGACUUCAAGGUGCCCGAGCACUUGAAUGACGCCUACUUCCGUCGCCUGAAGGCCAAGAAGGAGAAGAAGUCCGGUGAGGCUGAUAUCUUUGCUGCCAAGAAGGAGCGUUUUGUGCCCAACGAGCAGCGCAAGAAGGACCAGAAGGAGGUGGACAGUGCCCUGCUCAAGGUGAUCAAGGCACAUCCCGAGGGUAAAUUCUUCAAGAAGUACUUGCAGAACAUGUUCGCUCUGCACUCUUCCCAAUACCCACAUCGUCUGCGCUUCUAAGCGAGAUCAACACAACAACAACAACUUCAGUUUAAGGAUUUUUAAAUACUUUGUACAAGCCCGCUGAUUACAACAAAUUUGUAAAAUAAACAAUUACAAUACGGAACUCUGUGUCGAGGUAUGAGGAAA